AUGGCGGAGGCGGAGCCGACAACUCUGGGUCCCGCCCGGAUACCGCGAACCUAUUUUGAGAUAUUGUCUGCAACAUUGCCCAUGGUUGCCAUCACCGUGAUCACCAUUUCGGCCAAUGGCGCCAUACUGGCCAUGUUUUUAAGCAGACGGGCCCUGCGAAGAUGCAAAAAUGUGUAUUUCAUGAGCUUGGCGUUUUCAGAUUUUCUGGUGGGGUUGUCGAUGCCCUACAAGUUGACGCGAGAUCUGCACCGCAGCUGGGACACCGGUUGGGGUUGUCGAGUCUAUCAAACUGUCAAACAGUCACUAGCCUACGCGUCGUUUCUCAGCAUAUUUCUCAUAACUGUGGACAAAUGGCGGGCCAUGCACUACCCUUUGUCUUACAGACAACGAAAUACAAAAUACAGGGCGUUAUCUGCAGUUAUUUUGAUUUGGUGUAUCAGUUUCUUCAUCUUUAGCCUUCCCCAAAUCUGGUGGGAGGAGCACCUAGAGGCAUGGAGGUCCAGCUCGGGCCACACAGCCAAACUGAUGUCUCUAGACAACAGCAACUUCUCACAAGACACACGCCUGCAGACACCAGAGGAAGGGGCAUCAGUGGGCACAUUGGGUGUCUGUCCUGAAGGAUAUCAGCUGAGUCUAACGCUGACCAUAUUUUCGGCCACCUGUUAUUUGUUGCCAGUCGCCGCCAUGUUGAUUUUUGACAUCAUUCUCUACCUGAAAAUUAAGCGGAGGAAAAGUGUGGAAGUUCAAAGGUCAACCAGUGUCACAGAUACAUAUUUUAUGACCUUGAAGAGGCCAGCUAUGGAAUUAUCGGAAAGCUGCAGGUCUCUGGCUGGCGACGACGACGCGUCUAAAGAGCUGUUGCUAAAAAACUCAGAGACUCGACCUUUCAAUAAACACUUGGCGCUGGGCAGUCGAGGCGAGAGGCGGCACAGCUCCUUGCCUUCCAUCUCUCCCAUUCUCAAAGGCAGAACUUCCAGCGGUCGAAGGGUUUCGAUGCCAGAAAGUAACGCCGGCGCCUGUCGCUACGUCGGCCGCAAAUGGUCGGAGGACAUGGUUCAUGACAUUUUAGUGAAACAAGAUAAGAGGACAACCCUAUGUUUGUGUCUGAUGUUAGUGCUGUUGAUUGUCUGUUGGCUGCCUCAUGCUGUGGUCAGCAUCUUAAAUGCUAGUUGCUGGUGUUUUUUCGGAGCCACACUGACGACCACCUCGUGGCUCUACCAACUAGACCAUGCUCUGAACCCGUUUCUCUAUGGCAUCAUGUAUGUUCAGUUCAAAAAUGUGCUCAAACAAUGGCUUUUCAUAGAACGAGUGCACGCCUUCAAGAUGAGAGACACGCUGAUACUGAGGAACUUACAGAGAAAGUUUGAUGCAGAAGAAAAUCACGCAGAGAACAGUCCUAGUGCCCCAGCUCGCUUCAACCACUUUCGAUCCCUCCCGGAUGACGUCACAGACAGACCUCACAUUGGACGAUGCAGACAAUACUCUGUUAUAAUUGGGGACAAAGACAUCGGGAGCAAUAACAUAACACAUAUCUGUUAUAAUUGGGGACAAGGACAUCGGUAG